AUGGACUUCGUCUUCGGGUUUCCCAAAGACGUUCACAAGAUUAAUGGUAUUCUUGCGUUUGUUGAUCGGUUCAGCAAGAUGGUACAUCUUGUUGCUGUACCAGAGUCCAUCACAGCCCAGGGCUGUGCUCGUGUCUUCAUCGAUGCGAUCUUCCGACUUCACGGGCUAUGCCGUGAGCUCGUGUCUGAUAGGGACUACCGCUUCGCAGCGGAUUUCUGUCAAUCUGUGUUCCGUUCACUUAGAACACGUUUGACGAUGUCAACUUCUGACCAUCCCGAAACAUAUGGUCAAACGGAACGCUUCAACCGCGUUCUCGAAGAGAUACUUCGAGGGUAUGUCCACUCGUUUAAGAGCUGGAGUGAGUUCUUGCCAAUGGCGGAAUUCGCCAUCAACAACUUGGUGCACGCGUCGACAACGCAUACACCGUUCUUUGUGAAUGGCCUACGCCAUCCACGUUUGCCCGCCUUCCUAGAGUGUGACUAUAGUUUUAGGGUGGGGGACUCACUCGAACAAAACCGAUCUGGUUCUUGCUCAUCACCCGUCGACAAUGGUGUCGACGUGAUGGAUGCCGAUGUCGAUGGGAUCGAUGUCGAUGAUGACGAUGACGACAAUGCUGGCAUAUUCAGCAUCACCAAUGACCGCCAAAGUGAGGACGACGAUACCCUCACUGGUGAAGACAGCGUUCUUUCAGCAGUGCACACGAAGAGCACCACUGUUGACAAGGAUGAAUCAGCAGAGGAAUUUCUGCUGACUCGCAAAGCGGUUGUCCGCUUCGUUCAAGACUCUAUUGCAGAUGCAUUAGACAGACAAAAGAAAAACGCAGACAAACAUGGAAGAGCAAAUUUUCUUUCAUUUGAUAUAGGAGACCUAGUUUUACUGUCUACAGUAAACUUACCGAAGCGCACAGUGACAAACGUGUGCAGCAGUAAAUUACUGCCCAGGUAUAUCGGUCCAUUUCGUGUGUUGCGCCGAAUGAGCAACGCAUACACGAUUGAACUGCCCCUUAAGAUGCGUACGCAUCCUACGUUUUACGUUGGUCGUCUCCGCCCGUACUAUCAGUACGAGCCCGUUUCGAGAUGCGAAGAACACCUCCACGGUCGAGAGCCGAGACCACCCUCGAGUGGUCCCGUUUCAACGAGACAGUCUGGUCGACUAGCGAAGCUACCUGUUCACGCAUCUCAGCGAUGUCUCGACGAGCAGCAGCCAGCUCAUCACGAAGAGAACGAGUCGAACGUUCGUUCCCAAGCUGCGCGAACGCAAAAGCGGCGCGAUCGUCCGAAUGAUCCCAGGUCAUCUUGCAACUUUUCCGUCACACUGGAAGCUCCUGAACAUCAAGCUGAUCCGACCCUCGAGUCGGAUCAAGUGUUCUCGCCGCCACCACAUCCUCUGGUGGGCUCUGUUGGUGGUCAACGCUUUCUAGUGGAGCGUAUUUUGAACCACCGCGAUGUGAAUGGAGUCAGGACAAGUUACCUCGUCCGCUGGCGUGGCUAUCCACCGGCGUGGGACAGCUGGGAGCCUCGUGUCCAGCUGAUUGUUGAUGUUCUUGGUUUCGUCGAGCAGUACGACGAGACCCACCCGCUGCGUUCGAAGAAGGGACGUCGGAAAAAGAAUUCUUAG